AUGUCAUCUCAGGCUGUUGCUGAUGGGUGCAGCGCCAAGGACACGCCACCUAAAAUCAAGGCUACCUUCCGUCAUCAGCGUACGAACAACGAACAACUUGUUGUUCGCCCAUGUGGAGUUAUCUGUGGCCGUGGCACAAUGUACCACCAUGAGGCCGUCUCAAACGUGCUGAUCAUGAUUGAGAAAAUGUUUACCCUCCCGCGUGCUCGUAAACCCCAGCAUAUGAUUUACGACUCCAAUUGUAAUGCAUUGCAUGAAGUGGAGAGUCGCAAUAUCACAUUCUUUGAGGGGAUGGGUAUGUGUGUAGAUGCCUUCCAUCACAAAACGAAGCACAAGGCUAGCGAUACGCUCUGCCGUGAGUGCUGUGACAUGAAGGCAUACCCUGAACUCCUCGAUGACAAUGGGAAGUACUAUUUCAACUCGUCAAUCGCAGAGCAAACGAAUGUUUGGUUUGGUGGUUUUCAUAACAUUUGUCGAGAGAUGACGCCGGUCAAGUAUGAUUUUUUCCUUGAUGAGAUGAUCCUCUGUCGAAACCAUAUGACCGUUGCUACCCUUCAGACACAAGGCAAACUCCCCCACCAUUCACCUGUCUUGUAGUUAUCUCUUGAUGUUUUCUGUAUCAUAGCACAAUGGCAGUCAUUUACGCA